CUCGUGGUCCAGUUAGUGUGCUAGCUCGAAGUCGAACUGUGUCUGUGUGUGCGCGCUUGGUGUCUCGACAAAUUUCUCUACAUAACAGUUUGAAGUUAUCAAGCCGUACGAGUGGAAAAAUUGGGAACGUUUUCCGACGAUUUCAACAGAGUGAACGAGUGAAAAAUUGGGUGACAUUCAAAUCGACACAAAAAAGAAAAAUAUAUAGAGAGAAAAAAAUACGAAAGAGGGAAAGAAAAUAGAUUGAACAAAAAUAGAUAAGGAAAUAUAUCUAGAAGAGACAACGAAAACAAAAAGGAAGAAUACAAAGAGAGACCGAAAGAAAAGAGAUAAAAAAAAGUGAUAAAAAACAAUUCUCAAAGUCUCCUACACUGACCAACUCUCACACUGACAACCGAACCAGUAUUUCCUCCUCCGCGAAACCAUUCCCAUCGACCAAUAAACCAACAACAAAAAAACAAGAAAAAAAAAACGAAGAGAGACAGACGAAAAAUAAUCUUAAACCAGCCUUCAACACCUCUCGUAUUGACAAACUACCCGACGGUUAAGGACCCACGCAGUUGUUUCCACCGUUAACCAACCUCCCUUACCCUCGGCCGCCGCCCUGGAUUCGCUCGAGGAAAUCCAGAACCAAAAACUCCUGGACUACCGCGACCUGGACUACUACGACCUGGACGACCUCGACUACCACAUGAGUUGGGUCAGGCGGUCGUGGGGCGGGCAGGCGGUCGUGCCGCAGCCGGGGAGUGCCAUGAACUACCCAUCAACAACGCAGGCGCUUUUUGCGCUGAUCGUCAUGAUCAUAGUGCUGCUGUUCAUCCUCGUGUACUGCUGCUGGGGCACCUUCUCCUGCGCCCGCCAAGAUGACGCCUCCACUGCAGAAGACGGCGCAGUGGGCACCCAGCAACAGGCGCAGCAAGGGGGCGGGCAGAUGGUCAUAGUUCCAUUCAGCAACAUGCUAUAUGUGGGAGAUCCGGAAUCGCGGCGUAUCUACCAGAUCCCCCUCGACCAAGACAAACCCCCUGCCUAUACCGAGGUAUUCACAGCCGGGCCUCCCCCUCCUUACAGCACGGACAACACUGCCACUGACGUCUCCCCUCCCACGCCCGGCGCAGAGCCCGAGACGAGAGCCUUGCUACCGGACCUUCCUCCUUCCUAUGAGGACUGCUUGUCUAGCCCUUCUUCAGACGACAAGACUCAGGCUGCUGCCACAGAACCUACUCAGGAUCAAACAUCAGCUCAGGAAUCGAAUAAUGCCCAGUCCUCUACUGAAUCUUCAAGCCCGCAGACAAAUAGCACCAUAUCCCCUGAGUUGCACCCUUCUGCCAUAGUGUCCAGUGUGUCAGGCCAAACAGAAACUCGUAUCUCUCCCAAUGUAACCCAAGGUUGGAGGCUGGAAGGUAUCAUCCUCCGACCAGCUAACCUGCCAAGCCUAGAGAGAAGAGUGGUGGAGACUGAAGACAGCACAACCCAGCCGUCCCAGAAUAGUACACAAUCCAGCUGAGAAAAUACAUUAAUAUUGUGUUGUUUUAGAUAAGUUAUCCUCUCUUUUUUCUAAUGAUCUGUCUCAAACUAUAUAUUCUGACUUAUCUGUGCCCUGUGGUGCAUAAAAUGAAUGAUGUAUGUGGAUCUGAUAUGCUGCAAACAGUGGACACACUCCUUGUCUUUAUACAAUGUUGCAAACGACUCUCAAGUUCUAUCAAGGAACAAAUCUAGUCAGCCUACUUCUGAAAAGUUCUGCUAUCUCCAACACCUCGCCUAGAACUAUUACUGUGGCUUAUCCUGGAUUAUGUUCUUGACAAUGAAUAUUUUAUACUGUGCAUAUGUGAUAGGUCAUGAAAUGGCUUAGUAUUUAAGGAUCUUUGUUGUAUACACGUAUCUUCUUCUUCUUCCUUGUCACGUUAUAUUGUGUCCUAUCUCUGUGUUCAUUUCUACUGUGAUGAGAUUGAAAAAAAAAAUGUUGUUAUAUUCACUUUCAUGUUUUUUCAAACACAAUAGCACAUGCUCACAUAUCUCUACUUUUUAAUGCUAAAUGUCUUAUGUCAGCUGAAAGUAUAGGCCUAAGAAUCAGUAACAAAAAGGGAGGAAAAAAUGUAAAUAUAUAGUUAGUAAGGUGGAAGAGUAACGACAGCUCAAAGAAUCUGUCAAUUCAUAAACUGAUAUUUCGACCCAAGUCUAGUUAAUUAGAUGCACAGCAGCGACUUUCUUUUCCGAACGAGGGUCACAUUGGUUUCUUUAUAUCAGCAGUGCCAAAGCCGGGACGAUAAAAUACUGCAUAGUAAUACUUUCUUACAAGCAUCACUAUGUUGUCUUAUUUUAAUGAUGGUUGUGCUAAUAAUGCAAACUGAUUUACUUUUUAUUUUUUUUAUUUUAUUGAUUCUUUAUCUUCUUUUUGACUGCAAUAGUUUAUAUAUCCUUGUGAAAAACUAUCUGUUGAUUAUAUACAUCUAAGCUUUUUAUAAUGAAGCUGACAUAUAUAUACUAUAAUUAAAGUUUAAAAAAUCUCAUUAGCCAUAUUGUGUUCAAACUUUAUAUUAUAGAAAAACGGAGAAUGCUAAAAGAACUGAUGGUUGUGAAUAAUGAUCUUGAGGUUUAAAAAUUUUUAAGCAUUUAUGUAUGACUGUUUUAUUAAAAUUGGUAAAAAUAC